AUGGCGUCUGCGUCGAGCAAGGUCGGCGGCCUGACUGCUGCGGUGCGCGUCCUCACGCCGCUGGCCGUCGGGUCCGCGGGCUACGCGGCGUAUCGCAUCAAUUGGGCCGUUGCCGUUCGGAAGUUCCUGACAGGGCCGGGCCGGUCCUCGCGCAUCCUGCUGCUGCUCUUCGUGGCGUUCAACUGGAAGAACCUGCCCUUUGCGUGGACUUACCGCGUCUUCUACGCAAUCCUCUACCACAACGUCCUGCGCAAGUCGCCAGCGCUCACGCCGCGUGCGCUCUUCAAGCCGCUCAUCUCCGAGACGCGCACUCCCCUCCUCGAGAUCGACUACAACCUGCACAAGUCCAACUCGACCUACUUCACCGACCUCGACGUCUCGCGCACUCACCUGGUCGGCUACCUCUGCCGCCCGGCACUGCGCAAGCUGGCGCACAACCCGCAGACGCGCCUCAUCCAGGACCCGCGCACUGGCAAGCCCGCCAAGGGCUCCCUCGGCAUUCUGCUCGGCGCCGUCGGCUGCAGCUUCAAGCGCGAAAUCGCCGCAUACAAGGGCUACGAGCUGUGGAGCCGCGUCCUGAGCUGGGACCGGAAGUGGAUGUACAUCAUCACACACUUUGUGCCCAAGGGCGCGGCGCGCCCGACCGAGUGGCUUGACCCGCGGUUCGGCAAGGUUCGCGCGCGCGGGCCGGGCGACGCCAUGGGCGGAUGGGAGACCAAGAUUCACGCCACGGCCGUGAGCAAGUAUGUCUUCAAGCUGGGCCGCAUUACCGUCCAUCCGGCCGUCGUGCUCGAGGAGUCUGGCUUGCUUCCGCCGCGGCCGGACGGCGGCUGGACCAGCGGCGACGCGCAGCUCGGCGACGAGAGCGCCGAUGUCGCCGACGUGGACUUGUCCAAGGAUGGUGAAUGGGACUGGCGCCGCGUCGAGGCCCAACGCAGGAAGGGCAUGGAGCUGGCCAGCCAGUUCCAAGGGCUGGAUGAGAGCCAUGCUCUCUUCACGGGCGGUAGUGGCGGCGCUCUGGGCACGUUUGGACCUUGCUGA